GACGAGGACGAGGAGGGGUUGCUUCCGGAGGUGGCGGAGGCAGCAGUGGCGGCAGCAGCCCAUGAGCAGCUGGGUAAGGGCGUGUCAGAUGGCCACGACAACGAGGGGCAGGUGCAGCAGGGACACGGAGGCGGGUGGGUAGCGGCAGUCGGACCGCCUUGUCCCCACGGGGAGGUGCAGGGGCUGGGGCGGGAGUCUGGGGCCGUGACGGUCUCUAGACAGGAGCCGCUACAGCAGGGCCGACCGGGUUGCCAGGAUGCCCCGGCUACUGCCGCUACCGCCGCUGGGGCCAGUCCUACCGGCGUGCCGACUGGAUCUACCCCUGCUGCUACUGCUGCGGUUGCUACAGCCCGCAGCGGACCCUACACCCCGUCAGCUGACGCCGCCGAUGUGGCGCAGCACCACCAGCACCACCACCUCCAGCGGCUCCGGGCCUACUGGCACCGGCCGCUGUCCCGGUGGGACCCCCACGAGCGGCUGCUGGUCGCGGGGGCGGUUGUGGCGGCCCAGCUGCGCAGUGCGCUGCUGAGGGAGCUGGGGUACAGCUGCUCGGCUGGGGUGGCGCAUUACAAACUGAUGGCCAAGCUGGGGUCAGGCCUCCACAAACCCAACCAGCAGACGGUGGUGCUCGCUCGGGCGGUUCCCACUCUGCUCCGUAACCUGCCCCUGGCCAAGCUGCGGUCGCUGGGGCCCAAGUUCGGGGAGCAGGUCCAAGAGGGCUUGGGAAUACAGACUUUGGGUGAGUUGUGGUCCGUCCCCGCCUCCCGGCUGGAGUCGCUGUACGGCCCUGAGGCGGCUGCGGGCCUUAUGCGGCUGGCGGCCGGCAUGGACGAGGGCGAUAUGGUGUCCCCCCGCCUGGCGCCCAAAACCCUGAGCUGCGGGAAGACCUUCCGCGGCAGCAGUGCGCUGCAGGACAUACGGCAGGUGUCUCCGCGGCUCAUGCAGCUGGCCGCGGAGAUGUCUGAACGAAUUGAAGCGGACCGGCGCGACCAUGGGAGACUGCCCACACAGCUCACCCUCACCCUGCAGACGGGGGCACCCGGGCUGGCGGGGGCGGGGGCGGGGGAGGCGGCGGGAGGGCCUGGUGCUGGUGGUGGCGGGGCCGGGGGCGGUGGUAAUGGCUCCACCCACAGUCGGUCAUGUCGCCUGGCGCGUACCAGUACGGAGUGUAUUGCGGAGGUGGCGACGGGGCUUGUGAGGAAGUGGGCAGCGGAGAGAUCCGGCUGGCGCAUCACCGGUUUGUCCAUCACCACCUCCCGCUUCGACAGCGCCCCCUCAGGACCCUCUACCCUCGCCCGCUUCCUGCAACAACAACAACAACGACAGGCCCCACAACAGCAGCAGCAGCAGCAGCAGCAGUCGAAGCAAAGCCAUUCUUCUGUGACUGACAGCCGCCAGCCAUCACCUCUACCAUCCCCGACGCUGACGUCACCCUCCCCCUCGCCGUCACCCGCACUCGCCUCACCGCCGCCGCCGUCAUCAACGGAAUCCCCCUCGCCCACCCCCACUCCCUCACCCAGCCGCAACCCCACCCCGGGGAUGGCCACCCCAGCCGCCGCGGCCUCCGCCGCCUCGCUGGCGACCGUUGCCCCCUCUGUCGAGCCGGCCCCCACCUCGCCCAGCACUGGACCGUCCGCAUCCGCCUCUCCGUCUUCUUCCCAUCAUCAUCAUCAUGAGCAGCAGCAGCAGCGGCGGCGGCAGCACAAGGUGGUGGGGUCGGGGGCCCGGCGUGUUAAGGCUAGCAGCACCCGGGGGUCCCCGGGGGCGGGGGUGCACUCCGCGGAUGUUCGGGCCCUGCUGCUGGUCAGCCCCCGGAGACCCACCGCCCCGGGGAACCUCCUCCGGGAGACGACCGCGACCACCGCUACAACGACGGCAGCGGCAACUGCGACGCCAGCGGCGGGGAGCACGGUCACAGCGGCGGCGGCGGCGGUGGCGGGGAGGUUUCUCCCUGGCGCAACGGCACCCGGUGCAUCGGCUGAUACCGGCCCGGUCCAGGCGGCCGCUGCGGAGGGGGGGGGAGGGGCUGGGGCUGGCGCUGGUGGGCUUGUCGACAGUACGACAGAUUCUACGGCUGCAACCCUGCCUCCGCCACCGGCUCAGUGUCCGUCAGCGCAGCCUCCGCGGCCUCCUUCCCCUCCACCCCGUCAUCCCUCUCCCGCACACCAGCAUCAGGAGCCCGGGCAUCAGCUCGCGGGCCCCCAGCCGCCUCCGUCAGCAAACCCGCGCGCGGGCAUGUCGCCCCCCUCGCCACCACCGCCCGCCCGCCCCAAAUGGAGCCGGGGGGCUCUCGCGGCCCUGCUGCUGCACCGCCAGCCCCUAGCCGCCCACACACACCAGCCGCCCGAACCCGUCACCAACACCACCAACACACAACGACCACUGAUACUGAUUGCGCAGCAAGAGCAGCAGUGGCAACAUGAGCAGGAAGCGGCGGACCAUCAGGUGCUGCAGCCACCAUCCAGAUUGCCGUCGCCGUCAUCGUCACCAUCGCCGGCUCCGGAGGUGUGGAUGGGGACGGCAGCGGCGCAGCAGUAUGAUGAUCAUGAUCAUCAUUAUCAUCAGCAUCAACAGCAGCAGGGGCAUCUGCUACUGCACACGCCCCCGUCCUCGCACACCUGGGGUAGCCCGGCGGGCUCGGCUGGCGGGGUGCUGCAGGUCCACCCGCCAGGCCCCAGUGGGGGCCACCCAGGGGGAGGACUGCUAGCUGCCGGGCCAGAAACACGUCGCACCCCUGAGCGCGAGUCCGGGUCCGGGCCCGUGUACGGCAGACAUGGGCACAGCGGCGAGCUGGGGCAGGGGCAGUACGACAGCGGCGGUGGUGGCGGUGGAGGCAGUGGAGGAGGAGGAGACCGGGCGGGUGGCACCGCAUGGGCUGCCGGUGUUGGUGCCGCUGCGUUAGGGGGGUUUGGCGAAUUGUACGGCGCGGGUCCCCGGUCCGAGGUAGGGGUCCCCUCCUCCCCGCCCGGCUCAGCCUCCCAGCCGCUGGUGUACUCGAUGGGUGACUGGCUGGCGGACUGGCUGGAGCCCCCUCCGCCUCCACCAGCACCAGAUAAUCCAGAGGCAGCGGAGGGAGGGCCAGCAGCGGCGGCGGCGGCGAAGGGAGUUGCUGUUCCAGCAGCAACCCAACCACCGUCCCCAGCUACACAUGUCAUCCAGGAGCACCUAGACAGACAGGCCCAGCAGCAGCUGUCAGCGGUGCAGCACCAGCCGCAGCUGUCGGGGCCACUGGCGGUGGCAGAGGACACAGAGGCAGCGCUAGAGCAGCAGGAGCAGGAAGAAGACCCACCCCAGCUGCGGCAGCGGAGGCCCAGCAGUCACGACCAUGCCCCACACCUCCACGGCCCCACAUCCCUCAAUUCCAAGAGCUCCUCCGCACUCUUCGCGUUCGUAUCCCCACCCCUUAACCUCACCGUUCCCCGCACCAGCACCGGCAUCCCGUUGGGUGUGGCAGCAGGCGAGCGAGGUGGUGGCGGCAGCUGCGGUCCAGGACCAGGUGCUGGACCCGCGGUGUCUGCAGCUGCUACCGACUGGUCUCAGCUGGAGGUGGAUGAGCGGGUGCUGGCGGAGCUGCCCUGGGAGAUCCAGGAGGUGGGGAGCGCCUGUUUGUGGGGGCAGGGGAGGGGGAGGGGCGGGUCGUAUUGGCCUGAGCCGCUACCAGCUACAGGAGCUUGUGCUAUGCCGCAGCUGCAAGGGACUGCUUUGCUUGAGCAGUGGACAGCCGUGGUACAGCCGCAGCUGCCCUGCAUCUGGUGA